CUGCGGUCUCUCUUACAAGUACCUCCGCUGCCCGGACACCUCUACUCUGGACAAUUAAGAAAUACAUAACGUUGAGAGAAACUACAGAUUCAUCAUGAGCGCAUUGCGGAUUCUCGUGCCCGUCAAGCGGGUCAUUGACUACGCGAUCAAACCCCGCAUCAACAAAGCCCAGACUGGCGUCGAAACCGCCGGAGUCAAACACUCCCUUAACCCCUUCGACGAGCUCUCCAUCGAAGAAGCCGUCCGCCUCCGCGAACGCAAAGGCCCCCUCUCUGUUGACAAUAUCCUCGCGCUCUCCGCCGGCGGCCCCAAAUGCGCCGACACCCUGCGCACCGCCAUGGCCAUGGGCGCCGACCGCGCCUUCCACAUUGACGUCGCCGAGGGCAACGACGGCCCGGAGCCGUUGACUGUCGCUAAGAUGCUGAAGGGCGUUGUCGAGAAGGAGAACAUUAACCUGGUGUUGUUGGGGAAGCAGGCGAUUGAUGGGGACCAGGGACAGACGGGACAGAUGCUUGCGGGGUUGCUGGGGUGGCCACAGGCGACGCAGGCGAGUAAGGUUGAUGUGAAGGAUGGGGAGGGGACGGUGGAGGUUGUUCAUGAGGUUGAUGGGGGUACGGAGACGUUGAAGGCGAAGUUGCCGAUGGUAAUCACGACGGAUUUGAGAUUGAAUGAGCCGCGGUAUGCGAGCUUGCCGAAUAUUAUGAAGGCUAAGAAGAAGCCCUUGGAGAAGAAGACGCUGGCCGACUUUGGGGUCGAGAACCAGCGGAGAUUGAAGACUCUCCAGGUUACCGAACCCCCACCGCGCCAGGGAGGCGGCAAGGUCGAAGACGUGGGCAGCUUGGUCUCCAAGCUCAAGGAACUCGGCGCUCUGUAAACGAACCUGUGAUCUGUGUAUGAAAUAUGAUGAUGCUCCUUAGAAGCAACUCGUGCUAUAAUUCCUGCUGAAAAGGAUUGAAUGGAUUGACAUACUUAACAUAAUCACAGGUGACGAGCCACUAGCGAUAGCUAUAGAUUACCAGUGAAAUAAAGCCAGAGACCGAGCAACGAGGGAUAGCCCACAUUAUCCAGAUGCACAUAAAGUGGAAGCAACAUAUCAUGGAUAACAGCUACAGAGUACUCCAAAGGGUAUCAGAACGUGGAGCUUAGAAUGAGAAUAUCUAAAGACAAUUCCCUUC